UUCUUAAAGAAAGAUUUGUAAUCCUAGUUUGAUAAGGAAAAGGAUUUGGGCUACGAGAAAAAAGAGAACUGAAAUAUUUAUUUUAUGGAGACGACAAUCUCCCCUAGCAAAACCAAGGCUUUUAUCAAUUUGCUUUUGACACUGAAUGUCCUCUCACAAUUUCCAAAGGAGAAUGAGAAGAAGGCGUAACGGAUCAGCUUCAAUAGAGGAGACUUUGUCAAUGUGGAAAAAUCAAAAGCAAGAGCUUAAUGCUACUUUAGAUGGCGGGAUAAAGAAAAAAACAAGAAAUUUUCCUGCUAAAGGUUCUAAAAAAGGUUGUAUGAGAGGUAAAGGUGGACCAGAGAAUUUAGGGUGUAAAUACAGAGGUGUUAGGCAAAGAACUUGGGGAAAGUGGGUUGCUGAAAUUAGAGAACCUGUUUAUAAUAGUAAUGGAAAGAGACUUUGGCUUGGUACUUUUUCUACAGCUGUUGAAGCUGCUAUUGCUUAUGAUGAGGCUGCUAAGGUUAUGUAUGGCCAGAAUGCUAUACUUAACUUCCCUGAUUAUUCUGUACAGAAUUCAGAAUUGGCUAAUUACUCGACGAGUGUUUCUAUUGCGCGAACGGCUUCAUUGGAAUCGAGUGAAUCGUCUGUUGAAGAUUCAAGAAUUGAACCUGAUUUACAAAUAUCACAUACACCAGAUGAUGGUGUGGUUGCAAUUACAGAUGGAAAAACUAUUUUGGAUGAUCCAACGAAUUUAUGUUCCGAUGGUAGAGCUGAUGGGGAUCCAAGGGCACAACAGGAUUCUUCUGUUUGUUGCUUGAAUAUGGAAUCAGUAGUAAUGGAAGUGGACGAUUCUUUAGACGAUAUAAAAGGUUUGAAUUGCAGCACAAGAAUUGAUUCAGAGCCAAUUCUCGAGCCUGCAAGUUCUUGUGUUAAAGUUCAGACACCCUCGGACAAUGACUUCGUGCAAGAUAGACGUUUGGAAUGCGUAGAUGAUGCUAACAAGGUGUCAAAUAGUAAGCACAUAUUACACCAUGAAAUCACUGAUGUGAAGCCAAAUGACAGCAUAUUUCAACAUCAUGAUGUUUUGAUACAAAAUGAGAAUUAUGAAUCUGGUGACCAAGUAUUAUUGCCUUGUGAUCCCAUUGCUCUAACGGACUAUGAUUGCUUAGUAAAUGCAUUGCAAGAACAACCAUUGGAUUUCAGGUCAUCUGAUAAUACGAGUGCAUAUAUUCGUAGUCAUCUAGAAUACGCGGAGUACUUAUUAAUGGAAGACAAUAACACAACUGAAGCAACAACUGUAUCAGAUACAUUUUGGUUAAAUGAGAAUAUCAACCUUCAGUCUUUCUUAGACGAAUCAUUCGAUGUAAACAAUUUGAAGAAUGAGGAGCUACCCGAUAAUUAUAACUACGACCAGCAAAUCAAUCUGCUGAAGUCUCGGACAAAUGCUGAAGUUCAUUCAGAUGGAGUUAUAAGUAAAGGAGGUGAAUCCAAUGAGCUGUGCAUCAAUAUUCCUGGACAUGAGGACCAUGGAACAGAGGUUAAUAUGGAAGAUUUGUACAUUCUGAAUUCUCAUUUUGAUAUCUCAAGCUUUUUAGGUGAUAAUUUUUAACGUCGAAAAAAGUGACCGAUACUUUUAGGCAUUGUUAGUAUGUCCAAACUAGAGAUAGGAAGUUUAUAGGUUGAGCUCAUAUCUCUGAAAAAUAUGCAUUUAGUCCAUAGAAAGAUAUAUAGAUACGUGUUAUGCAACUACAGUAUUAUUUCAUCUUCCUAUUAUAAAAAGAAAAUACAUACUUACGGUGAAAAAACAAAAGAACUUACUGUCCUUACACCUCUUAUUGUUCAUUUGGAUGUCUCUGCUGUUGCAUUAUUGAAAAGCUAUCUUCUUUUGCAUCACAUUAUUUCUUUGCUUUAGGAUGGUUAGAAUUAUCAGCAUCAGCUAAGAACAUUAGCAUAUUCAUGAAUAUUAUUGGAAAUACCAAAGUAUAUCAACGUAAAUUUGAAACUAUGUUAUAUGGAUAAUGUCUGUCAUACUUCAACACCAAGUAUAUCUACUAACAUUGCACAACCACCAACACCAGCUUGAACAAUUACUCAUUUUGGCAUAGACGAAUUCAGGAAUUGAACUUUAUGAGUUCAGAUCAGAUUUUUAUCAUACGCCGCCUAAUUUAUUUAAUUCGAGUAAUGAAUUUUUAACACAGAGGGGGAGCCUUGAAGUAACUGAUAAAGUUGCGCCAUGUGACGAGGAGGUCACGGUUCAAGCGGUGGAAACAACCUCUUGCAGAAACCAAAACUACUGGAUCAGGCUUGGUGCAUCAGGAUGCCCUUUAAUGAAUUUUUAACACAUAAAUAACGACUAAACCAAAAUUACUGGAUUUGGAUGAACCUGCACCUCUGUCGCUAGACAGGCUUAAUUCGGGCCUCUGGUUCAGGAGAGGGUGGAGUGGGUACAAAUGAUUGUUCCCAGGCCAGGAAUUACUAGUAUUUAAU